UAAGGAGAUCCGUAGAUUGAGUGGCUAGAGAGGUCGGAGGCAAGUGGCUGUAGAAAUCGGGAGGACCCGGAACACAGACGCCUCGGGACCAUGACUUACGCUUAUCUCUUUAAGUACAUUAUCAUCGGAGACACAGGUGUGGGGAAGUCAUGUCUCCUCCUUCAGUUUACGGACAAGCGAUUCCAGCCUGUGCACGACCUCACAAUAGGUGUGGAGUUUGGUGCACGUAUGGUCAACAUCGAUGGAAAACAAAUCAAACUGCAAAUCUGGGAUACGGCUGGGCAAGAGUCCUUCCGUUCUAUCACCCGUUCCUACUACAGGGGAGCAGCUGGAGCCCUGCUGGUGUAUGACAUCACGAGACGCGAAACCUUCAACCAUUUGACCUCGUGGUUAGAGGAUGCCCGCCAGCACUCCAGCUCCAACAUGGUUAUAAUGCUGAUUGGGAAUAAGAGUGAUCUAGAAUCUCGAAGGGAUGUGAAGAGAGAGGAAGGAGAGGCCUUUGCUCGUGAGCACGGCCUAAUAUUCAUGGAAACAUCAGCCAAGACAGCCUGCAAUGUUGAAGAGGCCUACAUUAAUACAGCCAAAGAAAUAUAUAGGAAGAUCCAGCAAGGUUUAUUUGAUGUCCACAAUGAGGCAAAUGGCAUCAAGAUUGGGCCGCAGCAGUCUCUGACCUCCUCAGUGGGACCAUGCUCGUCGCAGCAGAGCUCUUCUGACAUAGGGCCUGACUCGGGCUGCUGCUGAACACCUGGCCUGAACUCUGUUUUUCCUCUCCUGGACCAGCUUCAGAUCAAUCAGCUUAACGAAAGAGGUCUCAGUUGCUUUGGCUGAGAGCAGCCUCUUCAGUGUGAAAUGUCUCACCCUUCCACUUUAAACACAAGGAGACAAUUGGGCCCUUUCCAGCCUGUCCUCUAUUAGGGACAUGAGCAUGCCGCAUAGAUUAUGGCUUGGUCACCCUCUAGUUCCUAAAAGGUUAGAAUCAAAGUUGAUUGUCACAGUAGUUAAAAAACAAACAGAUGUCUAUCGACAUCUGUCUGAUAGGAGUUAUGGCCAUUCCUAUAAUUCCUGAACUCAGGCCUUUUGGCAGAAGGAUUGCCAGGAGUUUUGAAGUCAUUCUGGGCUACAUAAGUUUCACUAGGCCAUCUGUCUAAAAAAGCCAAAAAAGAAAAGAGAGAGAAAGGAAAAAUACACAUAUCUGUUCCUCACCCAAUUUUUAGUAACUAAGGUGAAGGAUAUUCUGAUUGAACAUUUAGAAUUAAGGAUCUGACUAGCCUUUGGGUGAUAGAUCUAUCAUAGUAGCUUCAUUGCAUUUAUUUCCUCACCUUGGAAGCCUGCUUGUCAUUUCCUAAGUGUUCCUAUAGAUGCUGAGUGCCUCUAUACUGUCUCGUUGCUGGUUUCUUUUUAUUUAUUAUGCGUGUAUCACCUUAAGCAUCAUUCCUUUAGGGGCCCAGCACAUUGGGCCCUGCAUCCCUGACAGGGACCUGGAGGGCCAUGCUCAGGUUAGGCUGGCUGGCCUUUUCCAUUGCUAGUUCUGUUUCUUAACUACAGAACUUUGAGAGCAGUGGGGUUGGUACUGGACCUGUCGCCACAUACCCUUACCUAGGAAAGCAUUAAUUGUUCAGUUGCUGAAAGGGCCAGUUCUAGCAUUACAGUUUCUUUUACCAAAUUGCUCUGUACUGUUUCAUGUGUGUGCGUGUGUGCACAUGCCCUGGAGAUUAAGAUAGGUUCUUAAACAUGCUAGGUAAGUGCUGUACCAUUGAGCUGUACCCUCAGGAGCCUUCUCUUCUGCUUCUUGUUUUGGGACAAGUUGUUGAGGCUGGCCUUGAACUUGCAGGCCUUAAACUUGGGAUCCUGAGGCUUCAGACUCCCAGGUAACUGUGCAUUCUCCUUAGCCAGAUCUAUUAGAUGUUUAAUCAAGCUAAUUGGUUACUGAGAUGACAUAUUUAUCCCAACUUCUGAACCUUUGCACAUCCUCUGCCCUCUUACCCUCUACUGACAUUAUACUGACACUCUUUUCCUUCAGGAAAUUCUCACCCACUGACCUAGGGAACCCUAAGCAGUCGUUAACACAAUACUUCUUAGCAUUCCUAUUUUUUCAUAUGUAUAUUUAUUUGUAUGUUUUACUUUGUAAAUAUGUGCUGUAGUGGGUUUUGGGGAGGGCGGGGGGAGUGUCUGUCUCAUCAGGUUGUAAGCUGAGAGUAGGUCCCUGUCAUCCCAGUCCGUCCCACCAUUCCCUUACUGUACCCUGUGCAAUCACGAUCUGGAAUUAAGAGACAUGCUUUAAAACUUUAGACUUUGAAAGAAACAAAAGGCCUUAGAGUCGUCUCUAUAUAAUUGUCUCCUGGUUUCCCCAUCUCCUAAUCCUGGGUUCUCAUUGCUCUUCUGUCCUGCCUCACUGUAACUGCCUCCAUUCUGCACAGCCUACAGUAAGGAUGCCUGCUACCAAGACUCAGAUAAGUGGGGCCUUUUUUACCCGCUCCUUAGACUCUGUAGCACUGGCGGCACAGUUCACCUCUGCCUCCCCUUGGUGUCCCCUCUGGAACACUUGCUGUCUUUUUUACUUGUCUUAUUUUCUUUCACAGCACUGAGCUCUCACCAAAUUUUCUAAUUUUUAUUGUUAAUGACUGUUUUACUAUUAAAUAUAUGCAUGAUCCAA